ACAUCAAACAUCGCUACAAAGAAAGGGACCUAAAAUGAAAUAUAAAAAACAGAGGGUGGUGAUUGUUCAACGAUGACUGACAGCGCAAGAACCGCUAACAGCAAGGAGCCAAUCAGAGUAAAGCCUAGGUAACCGUCAAACACGAGCAGCUGUUGCUUUGCGCUCAUCCUGCUGCCUGAGCCAGUCUCGUGACAGCGAGGUCUCGGCAGUGCAGGUGUCUACAGGACAUCAAAGACUUCUACAGCCCCGGAGAAGAUGUGGAAGAAGCUGCCCGAGAUAGUCGGAUGUGUCGUUGUGGUGGAGCUAUGGCUGGUCCUGGUCGCUCAAUCCUUGCCGCUUUUCGACGCAGGGCCACACGUGCACAGCGGUUGGGGGGAGACUAUACGGAUAAGAAGACUGUAUACGGCGCGGAAGCAUGGACAGGAGAGUUACUAUCUGAGGAUACACGAUGACGGCAGAGUGGAUGGAGAGAGGCAUCAAAGUUCCCACAGUUUACUCGAAAUCAGGGCAGUCGCAAUAGGACUGGUGGCCUUUAAAGGAUAUCACACCUCUCUAUAUCUCUGCAUGGCAAAUGAUGGGACACUUUACGGAAUGAACACUUAUUCUGCAGAAGACUGUACCUUCAAAGAGGAGAUCCUCCCUGAUGGAUACAAUAUGUAUAAAUCACUAAAAUAUGGGAUGGCCAUAUCCUUGAGCAAAGACAAACAGCGGCAGCAAUCCAAGGGUAAGGGCUACUUGCCCCUGUCCCAUUUCCUGCCGGUUAUUCACUGGGCCCCCUUGGACCUUAAGCCGGAUGUUGAUGAAGAAGACAGGUUUCAAUAUCACGGUGAAAGUAAAAACUUUCCUAAUGUUGAGAGUAUGGACCCCUUGGGGCUUGAAUAUCAGCUGAACUUUCACAAAAAUCGCCAUGAUAUUUUGGACUCUUGAUGAUGAAAAAAGUAGCAAUUUUGGGAAGCACUAAAGAUGCAAUAAGUUAGAAAUGCACUGGAAGGAGGUUUUCAUAGAGGCCAUGACAGCCGAAAAGAUUAAGGUCAAGUCACCAAAUUUUAUUUUAUUUUUAUUUUAUUUAUUUUUUAAGGAGAAACAAAAUCAGAUGCUAAGAUCCAAUGGAAGUGGCCUAAAGUGUUCAGCCCAUUGGACUGUACUGAAUUUUAUAUUCUCCGUGCUCCGUGCAGACUUGUUUCACCACAACCCAACACACUAUGAUGGGUUUAAAGAAAAACUUUUUUUUUUAAAUAACUCAGUUUUAAAUUUGGUACCUUGGGAUAGGGGUGAAAUAUGUUUUUUGUGGCACCAAAAAUAAUAUUAAAAGCCUCUAGGGUCAUGGCUCAGGCAGAUAACAAUGCUUGGUCCAUAUAAAAGCAUCCCAAUGGUACCCACUGAAUUUAAUGGAGUCUAUCAGGAUUCCAAUAUUCAUCAAAAAUACUGAAUCACUGAUGGACCUCACUAAUGCUGCAUUCACACCACGUUAUUUACAUACAGGUGCCAGGUCCGGCGGGGGAGGGGCAAACCGGGCUCUCCCGUACCCCAGCCGGAUCAGCCCGUGACUCCAUUUACUUUAAUGAGCCGACUGGAGUCAAACGGUGAUGCCGGUCGGCUCAGUUUUGAACAGUAUGCAGUUUCUUGACCGGACCUAAAACCGUAGUAUACUACGGUUUUAGGUCCAGUCCAAAACCGGAUACAGGUCAAAACUGAGCCGACCAGAGUGUACAGAUAAUAUACCGUAGAUAAAUAAGGAUAUUUGUGAAUAAGAUUCCAAAUGUUGUUACUGUAUAGGCCAACUCUUGGAUCCUUAUAGCAGGGCAGAUAUGAAAGUGAGAGUAUUACCCCUUAUUGCACAAACAGUUUUUUUCAUUGUCGUAUUCCUUUAAGGGGUUAAACUACCAGGAUCGGAGGUUUCUCUGGUCCUGGUGGUUAGUGUGGGUGCCCAACUGACAUGUAGAUAGCCUAGCUCCCACAAUGCUGACAUUGGAGACCUGGGAGGCUGUAAAAAGUGACCGCCGUGUGGUUACUAAGGGGUUAAUAAUAUAAGACUUGGUUCCUUUUAUUAUCAUUAUUUUUAUUAACCAAAGGAAAUUGUGUUGUUUUUUUUUUUUUUUUUUUUUUUACUUUUGGGCAUUUUCUUUGAAGCACUUGGUUUUGAAUGCACUAUUUAUACCUAAUUUAUUAUAUGUAAACAUUUCUUAUUUUUUACUAUAUUUAUAUACUGUAUUUAUGUAUGCUUACGUAAAAUCCAUUCACAAUUAUAUGAACUGCUUUGUUGUAUGCUAGUCUUUGUACCAUUUGUAAAUAAAUUACCAUGUGUUCAUGGGA